CAGGAACAUACGGCCGACUUCCCGAUCUUGUCGCGCAUUGCGCGCGACGUCCUUGCAAUCCCUGGUGUCAGCAUCGCGGUCGAGCGCCUAUUCUCCUCUUGUCGACACACUUUGUCCGACUCUCGUUCUUCUCUCAGCGCGGAUUCUGCCUCGAAGACGGUCAUCACGAAGGAGUGGCUCAAGAGAGGUUUCGGAGACGACGUGAACUACCUCGAACAUAUUUCUAUACACCAAUAG